GAGCACACGUGACUCGGAGUACACAUGACUUCCCGUCGCGGGACACCCCCGGGAGAGCAAGGACGCGAGGGAGCAGAGAUGGUCCGAGCCGCGCUGUCGCCGCCAUUCCUCCUCCUGCUGCUGCUGCUGCUCUCCUGGGCGCCCCGAAGCGAGGCAGCCCCCGACCAGGACGAGAUCCAGUACCUGCCAGGGCUGGCCAAGCAGCCGUCUUUCCGCCAGUACUCUGGCUACCUCAGAGGCUCCUGCUCCAAGCACCUCCACUACUGGUUUGUGGAGUCCCAGAAGGAUCCCAAGAGCAGCCCUGUGGUGCUGUGGCUCAAUGGAGGGCCGGGCUGUAGCUCCCUAGACGGCCUCCUCACCGAGCACGGCCCCUUCCUGAUCCAGCCAGAUGGUGCCACUCUGGAGUACAACCCCUAUUCCUGGAACCUGAUUGCCAAUGUGUUAUACCUCGAGUCCCCAGCUGGGGUGGGCUUUUCCUACUCUGAUGACAAGUCUUAUGCAACCAACGACACCGAGGUGGCCCAGAGCAAUUUUGAAGCCCUUAAAGAUUUCUUCCGCCUCUUCCCGGAAUACAAGGACAACGAGCUUUUCCUGACGGGAGAGAGCUAUGCCGGCAUCUACAUCCCCACCCUGGCAGUGUUGGUCAUGCAGGACCCCAGCAUGAACCUUCAGGGGCUGGCUGUGGGCAAUGGACUCUCCUGCUAUGAGCAGAAUGACAACUCCCUGGUCUAUUUUGCCUACUACCAUGGCCUUCUGGGAAACAGGCUCUGGUCUUCCCUCCAGACCCACUGCUGCUCUCAAAACAAGUGUAACUUCUACGACAACAAAGACCCAGAAUGCGUGACCAACCUUCAGGAAGUGUCCCACAUUGUGGGCAGCUCCGGCCUCAACGUCUACAACCUCUACGCUCCAUGUGCUGGGGGGGUGCCCAGCCAUCUAAGGUACGAGAAGGACACUGUCGUGGUCCAGGAUCUGGGCAACACCUUCACUCGCCUGCCACUCAAGCGGAUGUGGCAUCAGGUACUGCUGCGUUCCGCGGGAAAGGUGCGCCUGGACCCCCCCUGCACCAACACCACAGCCGCCUCCACCUACCUCAACAACCCUCUUGUGCGGAAGGCCCUCCACAUCCCCAAGCAGCUGCCCCGCUGGGACGUGUGCAACUUCCUGGUGAAUAUCCAGUACCGCCGUCUCUACCAAACCAUGUAUUCCCAGUACCUGAAGCUGCUGGCCGCACAGAAAUACCGAAUCCUGCUGUACAACGGAGAUGUGGACAUGGCCUGCAAUUUCAUGGGAGAUGAGUGGUUCGUGGAUUCCCUCAACCAGAAGAUGGAGGUACAGCGCCGGCCCUGGUUGGUGGACUACGGGGACGGUGGAGAGCAGAUCGCUGGCUUCGUGAAGGAGUUCUCCCACAUUGCCUUUCUGACCAUCAAGGGUGCCGGACACAUGGUCCCCACUGACAAGCCCCAGGCUGCCCUCACCAUGUUCUCCCGCUUCCUGACUAAGCAGCCAUACUGAUGACCACGGGAGCAGCCCCCCACUGCCUGAUCCAGCCCUUCCCAGCCUCUCCUGCCAGAAGGGAGAUCCUCCUUUAUGCAAAAUGCCCCUGUGGGGAAGAUCCCUGACUCCAGAACUGCCCCCAGAACUGCCCCCACCCCCCUCCACAGCGCUGUGCAUCCCAGACCUGGCCCCAGCGCCUCACAUAUACAGUCUGGGGGGAGUUUGCACUUUAUAACUCACUGGGGUGAGGCCUGGCCCCCUCCCUGCUUAAAGAAUGCCCUCAAUGCACUGAUCGCAUCCCAGGAACACAACAGAGCUCAGGACAGCCCACGGGGAGGGUGGACGGAUUGUAAUUGAUGGAUUGACUGUGAUUAUGGAAUUAAAUUGGGUACAGCUUAAAA